AUGGAGGAGCAAACUGUGCAAACGCUCAAACGGACUCUCCGGGGGCGAUCAAAGGCCGAUUACACCUCCUUCUUCGACGAUGAACUCGAAGCCUCGGAGCAGCACAAACGACCCUCUCGCAUCCUCAACACUACUGCAAUCAAGCGAGCCGAUCUCUCCAAGUACAACAAGAACGUACAGAGCUCUCGACUUCUGAGAUUGCCCCCUGAAGUGAGGAACCGCAUCUUCCGGUAUGCGUUCAGUGCUGCUCUCGUGCACGUGUGGAUGACCGACGACGAGGAGGGCACGACUGGCAAGAAGCCUAAACUUUGCCGGUCUAUCUGCCUUGCCGAUACCGACGACGAAGCAGAGGCCUUGGCGAUUAGAGAGAAGAAAACAAACGGUCAUGAGAACUGGCUCGAUCGGCACACAAAGUGUACACAUGGUUCGGCCUCCACAUAUCGCGUCUUCGACAACGAGCGCUACGAGUCUUUCAGCCGUGCUUCCAGCAGCAACUUGGUCAGUCCCCUAGACCAGCUCCGCACUUGCCGCCAGAUCCACAGCGAGACCGCUUUGCUCUUCUACCAGGAAAACACUUUCCAGUUCUGCUACAACGUUGAUCUGCAGCGGUUCCUGGAAUAUCUAGUGCCAGCACAGCUCCGUGCUAUCCAGAAUAUCAGCAUCUUGUGCGACGACGGAUGGAGAGGAGACGAUAUUUACGAUGUCAAACAGAUCAAGAAAAAGUUGCCCAAGGUUAAGGCUCUUACCAUUCUCGCCGAGCUCCAGGGGGAAUACGACGACUUCAAAGAUGCCCAGAAGGAACUCAUCGGCUCAUUACGCAUGUUCCAGAGACUGGACCUUGAAGCGGUCAACAUGGCGGCCUAUAUGUGGUCCGAGACUGUUAGUGAGAGGUGGUCCAAGGUUCUCGGAGGCAAGCGGGACGAAAUGGAAGAGGAUGGCCCUAGCAGAGCGCAGCUGAACAAGUGGUGUGACUCGGUCGCAUACAUGCUCAAGCAGGACUUUGUGGAGGACAAGGAGAAGCGCAAGAAGCGGAAGCACGAGGUCAAGGUUAGGGAAGAAGGCUUGUAA